AGUUGUCGAUCUGUGAGCGGUCCUCCUCGACGAUCCCCCAUGCACGUCAUUAUCCCAUCGAUAGUCAGGUAUUUAAGACAAGUCGGCGAGUUCGUAUAGUAAACAGCUUUUGGCAUAGAUGUGGGCGCACCACCAACAUUUUCUCGAAAAAUCGAGUUGAAAUCAUUAACUGUAUACAAGAUCAGACAGCAGAGGGUAUUUAAGUGAUAUAUAGUAAGCCGUCAAGGGAAUAGGCACAUUGCUGACCACGUAGUACUUAUCGAGCUCGCUCUCUCUCUCUCUCUCUCUCUCUCUCUCUCUCUCUCUCUCUCUACCGCUCUACGUCCAUCGUUAUGGAAGUAAAUCCCAAGAGAACCUAACACGGGUAAGAACAAAUCAAGAACUUUUAACGCUAAGUAUCGUCUGCCUCAUUUCCACAGCACACGGAUCUAUCAGAAAAAGACAAUUUGAAGAUAGUAAAAACCUGACUUGAAUAUCUACACUCAACGCUUUCAAACUAGAACUGAAGAAAGUGACGUUUAACGAUAAAACUAUCUCUCAGCAAGAAAUGAAUGACACUAACGGUACGACACUAGUAGCGAACACCAUCGAACAUGAAGUCAUUAAGGUGGUUUUCAUUCUGGCUCUGUUAUUUGGACUUGCUGGACAUGGCUUGGUGUUACUAGUGGUGAUCGGUAAAGGAACUCGACGAACAGCCAGCGAUAUGUUCAUACUGAAUCUCUCAGUAUCAGACCUUGCAUUUCUCAUUCUCUCCCUAGCUAUCAAUAAAAGUAUGUAUGGUGGAACGUUCGAGUAUUCCUUGUUCUACUGCAAGUUUGUGUGGCCAAUGGUCACCGUCACUUUCUUUGCUAGUGUUUUUACGCUUACUUCCAUGGCCCUUCACCGAUGCUAUGGCGUUCUGCUGCCGCUCAAAGAGAACCUAACAGCAAAACAAGCCAUGCUGUGGGCAGGUUGUAUAUGGGUGAUGUCGUUAGCAACAACUCUGCCAUUGAUCGUUAUCACAGAUCUAAAUGAGAAAAAGUUUUGCAACGAGACAUGGAGUGAAUCAAGCUCGAAGACUUACACCGUCUUGUUGCUUCUUCUCCAGUACCUCAUUCCUCUUUUCAUCAUCGCACUUGCCUACAUACAGAUCGUUCGUUGCUUAAGGCACAGGAAAAUACCUGGUACCUUGCUAGACAAAUACGGGCAAGUUGUUUCACAAUCUGCACGCAGAGAAAACAUUCAAAUCAUUAAAACUGUCGCUGUUAUCGUCAUUCUCUUCGCGGUCUGUAUGUUUCCCCACCAAUUGGCAGCCGUGCUGUUCUACUUUGGCAAUGAUGCACAAAAACAACAAGGUUUGUCUCUCAUGAAUUAUUCGACGAUUUUCCAAUACAUCCAUAGCUGCCUUAAUCCCAUAGUUUAUGGCAUCAUCACCCACCAAUUUCGCAAGGAGUACAAAAAAUACCUUCUGAUGUUGGUUUGCUGCUGCAGAUAUAAAAGAUUUACGAAUUACAGGGCCGGCAGUUACACCAAAUCAAGAUCGACCUUAAAGUCCACCUUUAAGAAGCAUGACACCGAGCAGAAUAUGCAAAACGCCAGUUCUUUUAGCCUCAUUAAAAACAAGCCUAGAAAGUCCGAUGAAACUGAGGGUUCGCAAGUCAUCGAGGAUACCAAGAUUUAAGUGGGUAUUACACUUCACCCUAUAAACCUUUCUCCAAGAGGGUGCAUACUACUGAAGACGAGUACGAAUAUAUAUUUAAAUGUAGAUGACCCAUGAGGAAUUAUUGAGGUAACAUAAUUUAGCAGCAUUAGUGCUGCAGAUACCCUACCCCAUAUAGAGGGUGGAACUAAAUACAACACGACCAAGCGGUGUUCUAUGUGUGAUAUGUACAAACACCAUAAAGAAAUACAGACAAAAACCGAGCUAUUUGUGUGCUGUAUAUACUGAGAGAGUGGCAUGCCCCAUACCAGGGAGUGGAACUUAUUAAUAAUAUAUUAUAACUGAAUACGCUAGCUGUGCGCUGUAUGUUCCAGAGAUGUCCCGUUGGCAUCAACAAGACAACGACAUGUACUAGCUGAGUAGCUAGUAAAGAUACCGGAGACAUGCCCUGUAGGGAUAAUACAUCAGCAGACAGCAAGAUCUAGCCGAGUGCCGUAAGCACCGGAGACACACUAUGACAAUGUGAGAGCGAUUUGGCGACAACAUAAUUUAAGUUAUUUUAGUCCGACUGGAUGUUUACAAAAUAAUCCAAUUUUCUUCUUAUUCGUUCAAGGAAAUAAUUAUCUCUGGCCCUAAAGUAGGCCAUCAAAUAUCACUAUCUACAGCGCAAAGCUACUGAGGUACGACAUUCAAGUUUCCUUUUUUUCAGUAGGCACACCAUUUUUUUUUCAGUCAUAAUUCGCCCUUUAAACAUCAAAUAUAUUACAUCAGCACUCAAAACCAUGUUUCAUGGCCUCAAAAUGUCAUACUUUUAUAUGUCAUUAAUUUAAAACUCGUAAAUACUUAGUUCUCUCUUGAAGUUCAGUUAGUGUGUCGAUAUAAAUCAUAUGCUGUUCUUUCGGCUGUUUACUAUGAUUUAUGUAAUCAGCUCAUCUGGGAAAAAGAACUCUCUACUGUAUUUGCCCACAUUUAGGGCAAACCUCAGAUAACAGUGAAGAGGUAUGCUUUUGAUUUAGAUGUCACCCGACACUCUCCUAGAUGCAGGUGGACUUAAAUACACACACGUACUCAAGAGUCUUCACUUGUCAUAUAAAAACAAAUAGAAAAAUGCACUACUUAGGACGAAAAUAGCCGGGGGAAAAAUCACAUUUUCUUAAGAAACAAGUCUGAGCCUAUAGGCUUUUUUUAUUGUCAUUAGUGAAGAGCGGUGUCGCCAUCAAUCGAAAAAAGAAAUGGUUUAAUGCUUUCAAAGGGUAAAUCCUCAAAACACGUACUGAGGCUGAGUAAGUCCGGUCCAAAAGACUGGUAAAUGGGUCAGGAAGAUUGUAAAUAGAAAAAUCAGAUCUCUAUUUAUCCUUGCUUUGUUUUGUUUGACAAAGAGGAGACAAAUGCUAAUGAAUGAAAAGCAUACCUCCCACACUUAACCAUAAUUAAGAAGAAAAACAGCAACGCUGAGAUAUAUAUAUUCAUAUUUAAAGAUAUUGAAAUAAUUAGUAUAUAAGAAAUGUAGAAAUCAAUGAAAUUCAGUACCUGAACAAGUUUAUUUCAAUGUUCUGUAUAUAGCUACAGCGUGUCUCGUAUCUAAGCCAAACCUGAUUUAGCCCAGAUAUAGACCUUGAAAAAGUCAAUGUAGUUUAUUUCAAUGCUAGCUUAACAUAUAGCUAUUGUGUGUCUUGCAUUGUAUCUUACCAUACCGAUUAGCCAAAAAAUAGACUUUCUUGAUAUAUUGGGUUAAAAUGUACUGUAAAAUGAUGUACAUAAUGAAAGUGUAAUCAGAUAUGUACGUGCUAAGCUUGCUAAGAAUCCAAGCAAAUCCCGAGACCGUCACUUAAGAGGGGUUAUUGACUGUCAAGUAGGAUUUGACUCUGACAAUGAUAAACCAUGAAAUUAGGCUUUAUUGUAUACAGAGAUGCACAAAAUAAUCAAAUAUAUAAACACUGAAGGCAACUAUUUACAUAUGUAUAAUAAUAUUAGUAGUCACAAUCCUGUAGAUGGUACAACUGGGCAGGUGCAAUGUAAUCAUUUACAUCAAAAAAUUAAGAAGUAAAAACAGUCCUUGUAAAGACCUUAUGUCAUUGGUUUGCAAGAUACUGCGAAUCAGCUAUUAAGAUAUUAAGACAAUAUAACAUGGACAAGAUAUUUGAUUGUUAAUAAAUAUUAAUAGUGUUGUAGUUCCUGUAUAAUAUUCACAGAAGAGAAAAAAAACAGUCCCUUAAUCCGUCUUUAUUAAAUAGUCUAUUAUAAAGAUAAUAUUUACAGUUGGUGAUUCUGUGUGUGAAUUAAAAUCUACUAUUGACAAAA